CUUCUGAGAACUACAGACCGAGCACAGCCUCUCACUUCUGCUUUGAGCUGCGGGUUUGAGUGAUGACAGAGAAGAGGGGAUUUCCUGUGGGAAAAUCAGGCAAUCCCAUUGCAGACAUCAACAAGAGCUUUCAUUUUCUCCAGAAAAAGCACCCUAGCAGGCUCUGGAUUAGCAAGAUGGUGGCAUGGCUCGUGCUGGCUCUGCUCCUGCACAAAGCCCCACAGGCCACAGCCCGUGCCACCGUGAAGGUGACAGGAGUGGUGGGGAAAGCCGUGUCUCUGGGAGUCAACGUCCCCCCAGGGUUCCAAGUCAGGGAUGCCAUCUGGAGGUACCUGGCGCCAACAGAAGAGCUAGUGGCCACCUACUUCAGGGGCUCAGCGGAAACCCUGUACCAAUCCCGUUUCUAUGGGCGGAGCCGGCUCCACGGUAACCUCACCCUAGAGAUCAGUCCGGUGGAACUGGGAGAUAGCGGCACCUUCUCAGCCCUGCUGGUGAACACACGAGGACAGACGGAGACACGCGUGCUGCACCUGGCAGUCUAUGAAGUGGUUUCCCGGCUGACACUGCAGGUGUUCACAUCGGAGAGCAGCCGCAGCGGCUCUGUGAGGGUUUGCGAGGUGUUCUUGACCUGUGUGGCGGCUGGUGGCACCAACGUAUCCUACAGCUGGGGCAGGACGGAUGGCGAGGUGCUGAGCAUGGACAAGCACUCUCUCUUUGAGGCUGGCCUGGUCCUAUGGGCUAAGCUGGACCCUUCGGAUAGGCAGGUGUCCUACACCUGUACUGCAGCUAAUGCUGUCAGUCAGGAAUCAGCUACCAUCGCACCCUGGGAACACUGCCAGAGGAAAGCAGGUUCGGAAGAUGCUGUGUACGACUAUAGGAACAUCCUGCUCAUUGCUCUGCCCCUCUCUGUCCUGGUUCUGGCAGUGGCUGUCUUCGGGCUCCUUCUCUCUUGGAAGCGCUCAGGGAAGCAAAGACCGAAACCGCUGUUCGACGCCUCAGAGCCUGACGCAGCCUCUGUCUAGGAAUUGACACUGUGUGCAGAGCAGAGGCGUGUCCUUCUGCGAGAGCAGCCCUCCUUUCUCUUUGUCGCUGGCGAGGCAGAAAGCUCACAGGGUUUGCUUGACCCACAUUCUCUUUUCUUCUGGAGAACGUCUCAGGGGGCUGGCAGCUUCCAUUGUCCCGGGGACAGCUGGGUGACUGUGAGAGUCACUGUGGGUCAGGAUCCCAGCACAGGCUUGCUUUCGGCCACAGAAGCAUUAACCAGCCCUCAGAGCCCUCGCUCACCCUUUGAACUGUGUUUCUCUCCCAGAGCCCCACCUUAAAAAACAUGCAGACAUUUUUACUGAAUUUGCUUGUUUCUGUCUACGAUUUUCAUCAGCAUUACUGAAUAGAUGUGAAUAGUCCUCCACUCAACAGCAUCCUCCGGGGAACUCAGACCUCACCAGGAAACCCAUUCGAAGGCCUUGUCUUCACUGCAAAAAAAAGAAAAAGGGACGUCCUUACCUGGAGUGUGCUGACUCGAGGUGUAACUGUAGAGAAGGCAAGGCAGUUUGUCAUUUCACACGAGGUGGCCGGCUGAGCUAACCCUUGGCCCUCCCAUAGUCUUUAACUAACCAGCUAACUCGAGUGAAGAUGCCAAACUGCCGUGUCUUCAUGAGGGUUUUACCUCUAGUUCCUACAUUCAUAGAUUCUAAGGUCAGAAGGGACCACUGAGAACGUGUCACCUGGCCUCCAGGAUAACACAGGCCAAAGAACUGCCCCCAAAAUGAUUCUGGCUUGAACUAGAAAAUACCUAUCAAGUUAAGAGCACUUUUUUCCCAGUGAAAACAAACUCAGCUGAGUGCAUGUUGGGUGCUGAGCAUUCUUGAGUAUCUGGCCCUUAUUUAGGUGUCUAACUGGGAAUGGAGCUUUUAUGAAAAUGUGGGUCCAGCUGUAGCUGCAGAGUCCAUGGCAAUCUAGCCCUCACUCCACCUAUACAGGUACCUGUUACCACUCUCAAGACUUUCAAAAGAGAGGUUUAUCUGAGUAUAAAGUACAAAUUGUCUUCAGCAUGUUCAGAAACUGCUUGGAAGUUCAGGGGCCUGGAAUCCACUGUCAGAAGGUUUGUGGUAGACCUGGAAAAGGAUUGCAACAUUCCAUGCAUACAUACUCACGCACACACGCACUCUUUCAUAGCAUUCAUUGAAUAUGAGUGUAUCUUCAGUAACUGUAACUGAAUGUGACCAGAAAGUAUCCGUUUAUUAUGUACAUUGCAUGAUUUUUUAAACUAUAUGAACACACGUAAGAUUUAUGGAAAAGAAUUAGAACUACGUAUAAAAGUCAAAUUACAAAAAUGCCUACCCAGAUUUGUAGCUGCAUGUUUGAAAGUGUGACCCAAGGUUUGCAAUUCUCCCAGUAAUGAGCUGACAGUAAAAUGUUGAUGAUAGUUCAGUAUUACAUGUAUUGUAAAACAGUAUAUGAUGUGUUUAUUCUACAUAGCUCAGUUAGUAGCGUAUGAGAUUCUUACUCUCAGGGUUGUAAGUUCAAGUCUCAAAGUAGACCCUUGAGUCUACUGCCUUAAGUAUACUUUUGGGGGAUUGGACUAGAUGACCCCUUGAGGUCUCUUCCAACCCUAAUAUUCUAUGAUUCUAUGAUUUGGGCAGUUAUAUGUGGUAUAUUCAAAACCACUUGACAAAACACCUGGCUGAGGAACUUUCUAGACAGUUAAUGCUGCUUUUUUGAAACACUAGGGACAUUCCAGAGGACUGGAAGAAAGCAAAUGUGCCAAUAUUUGAAAAGGCUAUGCAGGACAACCUUUGUAAUUAUAGACCAAUCAGCCUGACAUCAGCUACAGGCAAAAUAAUGGAAUGUCUGAUAUAGGACUUGAUUGAGAAAGAAUUAAAGGGUAAUAUAGUUAACGCCAAUCAACAUGGAUUUGUGGGAAAUAGAUCCUGUCAAACUAACCUGAUAUCAUUUUUGGAUGAGAUUACAAGCUGGUGGAUAAAGGUAACAGUGUUGACAUUAGAUACUUAGAGUUCUGUAGGGCGUUUGGUACUGCAUGACAUUUUGAUCAAAAAACUAGCCUGAUAUAAAAUUACCAUGGCACACAUUAGAUGGAUUAAAAAUUGUCUAAGAAUGUGAUUAUAAACGGGGAUCAUCAUGGAGCAGGUGUGUUUCUAGUGGGGUCUUGCAAGGAUCAGUUCUUGGCCCUUUGCUAUUUAACAUUUUUAUCAGUGACCCCACAGAAAACAGAAAAUCAUCACUGGUGAAGUUUGCAGAUAACGCAAAGAUUGGUGGCAGGGUAAAUAAUGAAGGGGACUGGUCAUUGGAGGGUAGUAUCAUAAGUGCCAGUCAACAUGGUUUAUGAAAAAUAAAUCCUGAUAGCAAAAGGAAAGUCAUUAAACCAAUAGGGUUUUGAUGUGCUGCCCCUAAAUGAUUGGCUAAGACAGUAGUGCAUGACCAGGGUAUGAGUGAGGAUGCGCCAUUUUAAAAUGUUUGCUGAGUAAAGAUGUAGCUGCUGAAAAGACCCUUCAAUGUUUCCUUGCCACCACCUGUAAUCAAGUGGCUCACAAAGAGAUGUUAUGUGGGCAAGGUUGUAAAAACACAAUACACAACUUAUAUGGUUGGUGCAACUGAUGUCUGAGACCCCAGAACCAUGCAAUGAGAGCCACACAACCAUGGUAAUGGAUGAUGAAUGCGAUCAUGAGGACAGCUCUUGGACUCAGCCAUUGUUUGAGAUGCCAAAACCUAAUCAGGAGACCCCAAAUAAUUCCAAUGGCAGGGUGCAUAGGGCCAAAUCAUAGCUAAGUUGCAAGUAGAAAUAUUUAAGGGUAAACAAAAGGUGCCGAUGAUAGAAACUGGUCACAGUCACGCAAGUGGCUACAGAAGUGGCACCCAGUCAAAACGUUGGUGGCUCAAGAGCACCAGCUAAGGAGGCCUCUUGACACACAACACAAGGCAAAGGUUUUAAGCACAUUAUAAAAACGAAAAUGGUGCCUAUCUGUGUUUCUUCAUUAAAUCUGUCAGCAGUUGAGCGAUGACUUUUCAGAGGCCUUGGAGACUUUGCUUACCAUCCCAAUGAGUACGCCCCUUUAACAAGCACUGUGCAUUUGCUUGUGUUUGUGUAAGGGGUGUGCUGAUAGGGACCCACAAUGCCCUCAGUGCUGUAGGUGUAGGACUGUGCCUUGAUAUGAUUUGCAAGAGGUGGAGUCCAGUAGAUCUGCGUUGGCCUGGUCAUAUGACACCAUACAGCAUAAUGGGGCAUUCCAUAAAAACACACUUUCCACAAUCAUUUCCAAUUGACAUUUUAUUUGCAGUCUCUCAGCUACUCAGAGAUUUAUAAUAAGAAAUACAGGUAAGUAUAACAUGCUUUAAACCUUUACUUUUUGUGCCAAAAGGCCACAUUAGCUCAUUCCAUGUCUAGUUGGCAGCCGGUAUCAAGUGGAGUGCCCCAAGGGUCGG